AUGGCAAUUUUCUCGAAUUCGACCAGUAAUAACAUCUUUAGCAAAAAUUUCGACUUGGUUUUAUGCGUUUUACUUAUCAGUAUUAUUAGUAUAAUCUUCAAUAUCGUUGUUUGCUCUCUCAUAUCAAACAGUGCUCGACUUCGACAACCUUUUCAUCUUUUAAUCGCAAAUUUAGCGCUUGCUGAUAUUCUUUAUGGCUGUUCAUCGAUUUUAAGAUGCAUUAUGAUUAUCUUCACUGCCGAUUAUAAUUAUUCCUUAGAUAUUAGGCAGUUACUGCGUAAGAACGUCAAGAUUUUAUGUGGCAUUACCAAUUUUAUUGCAGCAGUAGCUAUGUCGAAUUCUAUGAUGACAUUAGCUGCUAUUGGAAUAGAAAGAUAUCGCGGCAUUAUUCAUCCACUUACUGGACCGAUUCAUAGGAAUAAAAUGAACUUUAUUAUUAUUGCCAUCUGGUUCUAUGCACUAGUCUGUGCAACAAUAUUUAUUUUUGUUACCGAUUAUGAUCGCCGAGACUUAAUUGACUGUUCUGGGUUACUUUCUCAAACUCAUUUAGAUACUAGUUUAGUCUUGUCAGCAUUUUUUGCUGUAUUAAAUUCAUUAUUACCCUUACUGAUCAUCUUUAUAUGUUAUACAUGCAUCAUUAUUAAGUUGCGUAAUAUAAAUAUUCCAAUCGAAGACUCAAGAUACAAAUUACACGCGUUGAAAACCAUUAAAAAACGUAAUUUAAGCAUAAUUUCAAUAUUACUUAUCACGACGCUUUCCGCUUGUGGCACUAUACCCUAUGCUUUUAGUUACGUCUGGAUUUCGUUUCAAAAAACUUUGGAUCCAAAUUUCACUCAUAAACUGCUUUCUAAGUUUUCUAUGUUAUUUCGUGUAACUACCGUAAUGAUGUUUAUGCCAGAUCCUGACUAUGGACAUCUUAUUAGAUAUGAGCGUUUAGGAAACAAUUACAGAAAUAAAAUUUCUACUUUAGAGUUUAAUGACAAUGAGUUAAAUACCUGA